AAAGAGCUCGCCUAGACCGACACGUGUCGUAAACACCAGGAGAAAGCGGGGGGUGGGGAGAAUAUUCGAAAUUCCAUAACAGGCAACUUUAUAUAUAUAUAUAUUUUUUUUAAUUAAAAAAAAGUACACCAACUAUUUACCUUUUUUUUUCUCCCCAGAAAGAACACAAUUAUUUCCCCUUGAAAAAAAAAUUUCCAAUCGGAUGGUGAUUGUCUCAGAGUGUACUUUUGGGGGGGGGGGAAAUCACGGACGACGUGGAUCUUUACAAGGAUUUGUUCUUUGAUCCCACUCCCUCCCCAGAAAAGUUUAAUUUCGGGGGAAGGGGAAGAAAAAGAGUUGAAUCUUCAAGAAAGUUUGCUGGUUGGAACGCACCGCGCAGGCGCCGGCGGGCAAGAGCGCCACAAAUUCAAACGAGAAUUUCGCAAACUAAAGUGCCGUGUUAAAUGCACACAAAAACAGGGGGGGUGGGAGGAAAAAGACGCGUUUGCUGCUUUUCUUUUCUCGCGGGGGUCUGCCAGCCAUUUUUUUUUCCAAUUUUUUUAAAGGGAAAAGUAUGGUAGACAGGGGCCCCUUACUGACUUCAGCCAUCAUCUUCUAUCUGUCAAUCGGCGCCGCUAUCUUCCAAGUGCUGGAGGAACCGAACUGGACCGAUGCGGCGAGACGCUACGAACUCCAAAAGUCCCAGAUCCUGAAGGACCAUCCCUGUCUCACCCAUGCAGCUCUGGAAAAGAUCUUAGAGACUGUCGAAGAAGCUGCUGGACAAGGUGUCACCAUCACCGGCAAUAAGACCUUCAACAAUUGGAAUUGGCCCAAUGCGGUUAUUUUUGCAGCAACAGUCAUCACCACAAUCGGGUAUGGAAACAUUGCGCCCAAGACUUCACAGGGACGCCUCUUCUGCAUCUUUUAUGGGCUGUUUGGCACACCACUCUGCCUCUCCUGGAUCAGUGCGUUGGGGAAGUUUUUCGGAGGACGGGCCAAGAAGCUGGGUGAAGCCUUGACCAGGAAAGGCAUGAGUCCGCGGAAGGCCCAGAUAACCUGCACGGCUAUUUUCAUUGUUUGGGGUGUCCUGGUGCACCUGGUAAUGCCGCCCUUUGUCUUCAUGGUGACUGAAGGUUGGUCGUACAUUGAAGGCUUGUACUACUCUUUCAUCACGAUCUCCACCAUUGGAUUUGGAGACUUUGUGGCAGGUGUCAACCCAAACGCAGACUACCAUAUCCUUUACAGAUACUUUGUAGAGCUGUGGAUCUACUUGGGUCUGGCAUGGCUCUCCCUUUUCUUCAACUGGAAAGUUAGCAUGUUUGUCCAGGCACACAAAGCCAUUAAGAAGCGACGGAAGCGAAUGAGGGAAUCUGUGUUAAACGUGUCGAACACCCAGCCUCUUAAUUCAAAAAUGUCAGACUCUAAAGUGUCAGACUCCACUGAGGUAAACAUCUUUCGCUUCCUUUCCAAAAAACAAGAAAGCUACAAUGAUCUCAUCAAGCAGAUUGGAUCAAAGACUUUGAAGAAUAACAGUAGCAAACUAUUGGGUGUUCAGGUCCCUGCCAAACCUACAACGAAGGAUGAGAGUAAAGGUAAGCCUGGAGCAGUUCAGUUGAGAAAAAUAGGCCUGAGAAGAUUCUGUUAUGAGCCACCCAACCUACCUGUCAUUGACGACACUGAGAUUACAGUACCACUAAGUGAAGGAAAAGACCUGAACACUCAGCCAGAUUGUACCACGCAAGAGAACCAACUGGAUAAAACUGCCCGAGAAGAUUGUUCAGUGUGGGACACGCGUGCCCGCCCACCAUUGUUCUUUGAGAAUGUCAACAUCAGAUUUAUAGAUGAACAAAACCUUCUCAGUGAUGACGAGAAGGUGGAAUUGUCGCUGGAUGAGAACCUGGUGAACGAGGGAGAAUCUGACGACCCGGUGCUGACACCAGACACAGUCUGUUCAGACUUCCAGACAUGCAAGCUGGGAAGUCCACCUGACUAUGAGCAGCUGAUGAACGGAUACAACAAAGUGCACAACAAAGUGCACAAUGUUGAAGUGGUGAUAUAAUCAAAGGCAUCUGGGACUUGCUUCUCCAAACUUCCUGGUCCCACUUUGUUCAUUCAGCACUAGGACCUGAGCAAAAGGGGACAGAUGACACCCUGUUAGUUUGGAGGAGCUGCUAAUAAUACUUGGCUGUACAGUCAAAACACCUCCAACACAUAAGCACAAUCCUUUUUUUUUUAAAAAAAAAGAGGCCUUAGCUGAAAAAGAAGCAUCCCUCUCCUAAAUAGGAGAGUUGGAGAGCAGAAUUUCCAGCAUAAAUGUUGACUGAGAUGGAAACUGUGACGUAAACUAAAACAUUUCCAACUGUAAAGAUAUUCAAAGAACUCUUUUAUAUACUGUGAGCUUUUCUUUACUUUCAAAUGACCAAUUUUUUUUAAAAAAAAAGCUUUUUAAGAUUUUAUUUUUGAGCCAGGAACUGUAGAUCUUAAACAAGGCAGUUGCUUUUAGUUCCAAGUGUUUUCAAGGCUGUAUUGGCACAGAAGCUUUCCUCCUGACCUAGAUUCAACGAUGUACAAAUAGAAAAUUUAGAAAGCCUGAUCUUUGCAACUUGAGAGAUUGGGAGUGGGGAACUGUUGGGUUACAACAAGUUCAAGUGACUUGUUUUAGCGAGUGAUUUAUUGCUGAGAAAAUGCCAUUUUCACUGCCUCCAGAACUUACUAACGCAAAAUCGUGUAUCGUGCAGUUAGUGCAUAAAUCCCUCUGCUGCGGCACAAGGCCAAAUCCCUGUCUUAGUUGUCAUGUUACAGCCACACACAUUCUUAAUUUUGAUCUGCACCUUAUGAGUGACUCUUAUGUAUAUUUUGUACAUACUUUUGCCUUUGUUUGUGAUUUUUCAACAAUACUCCAGAGUUAUAAGUUUCUCUAGCCUUGAUUAUCCAAAAUCCCAGGAGAAAAGCAGCUGGAAAUUGAUGGGCAUUGAAUAAGCCAAACAGCAUUUUCCAUGCACUUUUUGCCCUGAAGUGCCGAAAUUGUAGGCAAAACCUGGUGACAAGCAUAGGAAAUAGCCUAUGAUGAACUCACUAGGACAAGACUCCUGCUUUCUCCCCUCCCCACCGCGCCCCCCCCCCCCCCUCCCAAACCCCUUCUGCUGUACUCUCCAUGUGUUUUAACUUAUAAAUAGUGGUGCGACUGAGCCAUUGCACCUUUCUGUUCCCCAUCCUGUUGCACGCCAAACUGUUUGAUCAUGAGGCAAAGUUUUACCAGUGGAAACUGGAAUUUUUUUUUGUGGGCACUUAAUUGUUUACAUUUAUUACCAGCCUGGUACUCAUUUCAGUUACAGGUGGGUAACUACCUGUUUUUGAAGGAAGAGAAAUGGGAGAUGAAUUUAGGCUAAGCGCCUGGCUAUGGUACUUCGCUCGGCCCUAAGCACGCCGAAAGGCUCAAUCACUACAGGCACAUGAUCACUGAUAUUCGUUUUGUUACUGGGCUUUUUUUUUAAAAAUAGAAUAUAUCGGUUACAGAAUGGAACUACUGCUGGAACUCAGUUUAAUUGUGCUUUUCCACUUUUAAUGUGAACUAAGCCCGAGGAAAAAGAAUAUUGUGACGUUCGUGUCCCACUAAUCACAGGCUGCUCUUUCUGUUUUCGGGUUGGUGGGAAUAUUUACCAAAGUGGCACAGUACCCUGAAGGUACUAAAACCAUUAAAUCUGCGAGGCCAGGUUCACAUCAAGGAACCCAGUUGGACACAAGAAGUCAAUGUCCCUGAUGUAUGCCACUCCUGACUUUACUAAAGAUUUUAAAAUUUCUAUUGGCAGAAACCUUGCUUCUCCAGAUUUUCUUUAUUUUACCUAACUGGAUGACCGUUAAAAGUUCCCAUUCUUAAUAAAUUGCUAUUUCCUUUGUGGAAAUACUGUAUUAUUGUUGAGGAACUGUAUGGUGAGGCAUUGAUGUACUUUUAAAGCUUAAUUGUGAAUUGAAGGAGCAGGAUGAUAAGGAUUGUAGAAGUUUUAAAAAGUCUUCGGUUUUUUUUGUUGUCUUCAUUCGUGUCAGUUGUUAAUGAGUGGAAAUCAAUUAGAUAUUCCACAGCGAACACACCCCACUUAACUGUUCUGUUAUUAUAAGUUACAGAUGACUCCACUGAAGUAUAUUUCAUUUGUGUGUCUCCAGUGUAGUGACGGUUUAACAAUAAUCUCCCAAGUACCGGGUGCACUCGUCCCUUUUUAUCUUGAAGGCUAGCUUGUUUCGGAAGCCUUUUGUGGAGAGACAAGGACAACAAACAGCCAACCUAACCUCUUUCCUUCAUGGAAACAUUCCACCCCCCACCCUAGAAACAUGUAAUCAGUGGAGAGUUUAGACAUCAACUGUUUAAAAACACUCAAAACCAGACUACAUGUUGAAUGAUGGAAGCCUGGCAGCAGGACAUCCGUUACAGAGCAGGGACUAGGUGGCCUCAUGAUAAAACUAAAAGGACAAAGUAAACUAUUGAGAGCAAAAACAGAAUGCAGACAGUGUAUUACCAUAAGUUCAUUGUUGAACAUUAAUCAUGUGAUAAUGAGCUUGGAAAUGCCAAUCACUGUAUCUAAAGCAGCAUUUGAGAGAAACAUUACAAAAGCAGUGAGAAGCAGGGUGAACUGAUUGUGUAUGAUCUGGAUAGGUGUUUGAUUUUGAAGUUUUAAGAUCAGUUUAUUCUUUUCCACGUGCAUGCAAGAAGGAAGAUCUGCGUUAUACACAUAUUCUGAAGGGGGUUAGUGUCAACUGACUUUUCAAGACUGGCUGCAUAGGAAGGUUUAAAACUUCUUAAAAGUAAAGGAGAAGCUAAAAGCUAUUCCUAUCACUCUGUCACUCCAUAUAUUGAAAAACCGUUGAACUCCAGAAGCCUGUUUGUUGUAUUUAUUCCUGGAAA